GUCACGGACUUGGACAGCAAAACAACAACAUCCAAAUCCGCGAUUCUUCCUUUUUUUCUCUCUCUCUAACUCUCUCUGUCUCUCUCUCUCUCUCUUCUUCUUUUCUCGGCGUGUUAAAAAAUCUAAUAACAACAUUAAGAGAGGAUCUCGUGCCUUUCUCUGCGAGGCAGACUGGGAAGCAGCGAGUGUGAAAGUCCACAUUUUGCUUCUUUUUUUUUUUUUUUUUUUUUCUCGACGCCCUCGUGGUCCUGCCCUCAACACUGUGAGCUGAAUUCUGAUUGGAGGAAAUGGAGUGCCAAUCUGUCCUGCACCAGUGAUCAGGCCGGGAGACUCCAGUGGUGACAUCCUGUGGGGCCAGAGGUCAAAGGCGAGGAGGCUGUUUUACCACCGCUGGAACUGAAGAUUGCUUUAAAUAAGCAAGUCCUUGUAGAAGGUUUUUUAAGUCAUGAUGCAAGAAUCUGGGACCGAGGCGAUGAGCAACGGGCCAGCCAAUCAAAAUGGAGGAGCGAGCGUGGAGGGCGGAUCCGGGGAGGGACGAACCAAGAGCGCUACGCCGUCGAUGGAGGUGACUGCAGCUGACCUCCUGCAUCUCCAGCAGCACCAGGCUCUCCAAGUGGCUCGGCAGAUACUCCUCCAGCAGCAACACCAACAGCAGCAGUCCCACUCACAGCAACUGCAGUCUCAACAAAACACUGGCGGCAAAUCCCCUAAAGCCAACGACAAGCAGCAAAGCCUACAGGUUCCAGUUUCAGUGGCUAUGAUGACACCUCAAGUGAUAACUCCUCAGCAGAUGCAGCAAAUCCUUCAGCAGCAAGUCCUGAGCCCUCAGCAGCUCCAGGUUCUUCUCCAGCAGCAACAGGCCCUCAUGUUACAGCAGCAGCAACUCCAAGAGUUCUACAAGAAGCAACAGGAACAGCUCCACCUCCAGCUUUUACAGCAGCAGCAGCAGCAGCAGCAACAGCAGCAGCAACAGCAGCAGCAUGCAGGCAGCAAGCAGAGUAAAGAGCAGCAGGUGUCAGCCCAGCAGUUGGCCUUCCAGCAGCAGCUUCUGCAGGUCCAGCAGGUCCAGCAGCAGCAUCUGCUCAACCUUCAGAGACAAGGGCUGCUCACAAUCCAGCCUGGACAGACCGGCCUGCCACUGCACUCCCUCACUCAGGGCAUGAUUCCAGCAGAGCUGCAGCAACUGUGGAAGGAGGUGACAAAUGCUCACGUGAAGGAGGAGCACAACAAUAGCAGCAACAAUGGCCACCGGGGCCUUGACCUGUCCUCCCCGGCACCGCCUAAGAACCCACUCCACAACCAGCAUGCCCCCACCAACGGGCAGUACCUGAGUCACAAGAGAGAAGGAUCCACACUAGAAGAGCAUUCCCCACACAGUCACCCUCUCUAUGGUCACGGUGUUUGCAAGUGGCCUGGAUGUGAGGCGGUGUUUGAUGAUUUCCAUUCAUUCCUCAAGCAUCUUAACAAUGAGCACGCCCUGGAUGACAGGAGCACGGCCCAGUGUCGGGUGCAAAUGCAGGUCGUACAACAGCUGGAGCUGCAGCUAUCGAAAGACAAAGAGCGUCUGCAAGCUAUGAUGACGCACCUUCAUGUCAAGUCCACGGAGCCCAAAGCCACCCCACAGCCGCUCAACCUGGUGUCCAACGUCACAUUGUCCAAAUCGGCCCCCGAGGCCUCUCCUCCUCUGAGCCUGCCCCGGACACCCACCACACCCACAGCACCUCUAACACCCCUGUCCCAGACCCACUCCGUCAUCACAGCCAACAGCCUCCACAGCGUGGGCCCCAUGCGACGACGCUACUCGGAAAAAUACAACAUGCCCAUCUCUCCAGAUCUCAGUCAGAACAAAGAGUUUUACAUGAAUGCAGAUGUUAGACCGCCGUUCACGUAUGCCUCACUAAUAAGACAGGCAAUUCUUGAAUCUCCAGAAAAGCAGCUAACACUAAACGAAAUCUACAACUGGUUCACACGAAUGUUUGCAUAUUUUAGGCGCAACGCAGCGACGUGGAAGGGUGCCAUUCGCACCAACCUUUCCCUGCAUAAGUGCUUUGUGAGAGUAGAGGAUGAGUUUGGGUCCUUUUGGACUGUUGAUGAUGAGGAGUUUAAGCGCGGCCGCCACAUACAGCGAGGCCGUCCUCGGAAAUACGCCGCUGAUGAAAACUUUGAUGAGCUGCUCGUACAAAGUCCAGCCUUAGUGAAGAACAUUCAGACCAGCUUGGGCUAUGGUCCGACCCUCUCUGCUGCCUUCCAGGCUUCAAUGGCAGAAAACAACAUACCUCUAUACACUACUGCUUCCAUUGGAAGUCCCACCCUCCACUCCCUGGCUAACGCCAUCCGCGAGGAGAUGAAUGGAGCGAUGGACCAUGGAAACAGCAACGGCAGUGACAGCAGCCCGGGACGCUCGCCCCUGCUAGCUAUGCAUCACAUCAGCGUUAAGGAGGAACCACUGGACCCCGAAGACCACGAAGGGCCCCUCUCCCUGGUAACGACUGCCAAUCACAGUCCAGAUUUCGAUCACCACAGAGAUUACGAUGACGACCAGGGCCACGACGACAUGCUGUAAGGCUAGCGCUGC